UCAAUUGCCUUUGAUUCUGAAGUGUCUCUGCGAUGGGGUUCUCGGCCUUCCUGAGAAGCUUCAAUGGCUUCUACAUCUUCAAAAACACAACAUUUAGGUCCUCUUUCAUGCAUUCGCAGGCAAGAGCUUUUUCUUCGGGUUCCAACAAACUCAACGGCCGUGAUUCCAUCUUACCGGUCCUCAUCGUCGGUGCCGGACCUGUUGGACUCGUUCUCUCUAUGCUUCUCACCAAACUAGGGAUCAAAUGUGCAGUUAUAGAGAAAAACAAGAAUUUUUCUAAACAUCCACAGGCUCAUUUUAUCAACAACCGGUCUAUGGAGGUGUUCUGCAAAUUAGAUGGCCUAGCACAGGAAAUCCAGAGGUCUCAACCACCAGUAGAUUUGUGGAGAAAGUUUAUAUAUUGCACAUCACUUUCUGGUUCUAUUCUUGGAUCAGUUGAUCAUAUGCAACCUAAAGGUUUUGAGCAAAUUGUCAGCCCAGUCUCUGUGGCACACUUCUCACAGCAUAAACUAACCAGAUUACUUCUAAAGAAGCUUGAAAAUCUCAAUUUUCGUGUUGUCACUUUUGAAGGAUUAGGAAAUCUUGAACAUGAGCCAGUUAAUGGAAGGGAGAUAUUAAUGGGUCAUGAAUGUGUCUCAGUUGAUACCACAGACCAUUGCAUUAAUGUCACUGCAACUUUACUAAAUGAUGGGCAAUACAUGGAAAGAACUUUGCAGUGUGGUAUCCUUGUUGGUGCAGAUGGUGCUGGAAGUACAGUCAGAAAACUUGUAGGAAUUGAUUUGAGAGGCGAAAAGGAUUUGCAAAAGCUUGUCAGUGUCCACUUCUUAAGCCAAGAGCUUGGACACUACUUACUCAAUGAGAGACCUGGUAUGCUAUAUUUUAUUUUUAAUACUGAAUCUAUCGGGGUUCUUGUUGCUCAUGAUCUCAAGGAAGGAGAAUUUAUAUUGCAGAUCCCAUUUUAUCCUCCUCAGCAGAAGCUGGAAGAUUUCACCUCUGAGAUGUGUGAGAAGAUAAUCUUCCAAUUGGUUGGGAAAGAGCUUGCAGACAUAGAUGUGGUUGAUAUAAAACCAUGGGUGAUGCAUGCUGAAGUUGCCGAGAAGUUCAUGUCUAGUGACAACCGCAUAAUACUUGCUGGUGAUGCUGCUCAUCGUUUUCCUCCAGCCGGUGGUUUUGGAAUGAAUACUGGCAUCCAGGAUGUUCAUAAUCUUGCCUGGAAGUUGGCAACCGUGUUUAAAGGCAUUUCUCCAUAUUCAAUUCUUCGAACUUAUGAAAUGGAACGCCGCCCUAUUGCCAUUUUCAAUACAGCUCUCAGUGUCCAAAAUUUUAGAGCAGCCAUGGCAGUACCAGCUGCACUUGGUCUCAAUCCAACUGUUGCAAACUCUGUACAUCGAGCAAUUAAUUAUGGGAUUGGUUCCUUUUUACCAUCUGGACUGCAGAGGGGACUUUUAGAUGGAAUUUUUGCCAUAGGCCGUGCACAACUCUCUGAUCUUGUUUUGAGUGAUAACAACCCACUUGGAUCUUCAAGGCUCAAUAAACUGAGGGAUAUAUUUGAAGAAGGAAGGAGUCUUCAGCUACAGUUCCCUGCUGAGGAUCUUGGUUUCAGGUACCUCCAAGGAGCACUUGUUCCGGAUGAAGGUUACUGUUCAGGUAGGACAGAGUCACCAAGAAGCCAUCGGCAGGAUUAUGUUCCCUCUGCAGAUGUCGGAUCAAGGUUGCCUCAUAUGAGCAUUAUGGCAUUGUUGAACUUGGCAACUGAGGAGACAUUUUCUACACUGGAUCUUGUAUCUGGAGACAAAGUUGAGUUUCUUCUUAUUAUAGCACCAUUGGAGUCAUCUUACUGUCUGGCUCAUACUGCAUUAAAGGUGGCAAAUGAAUUCAAAGUUUCAACUAGAGUGUGUGUGAUGUGGCCGCAUGAUUCUGUUGAUGGAGCUGAAGUAGGAAGCAAGGAAUCAUUGAGACCACGGGAAAGUUACAUAGAUGUUGUGGAAGUUAAACAGGCAUCAACUUCAUUGUCCUGGUGGGAUAUAUGUCGGAUGACACCCAGAGGAGCUAUUCUUGUCCGGCCUGAUCAGCAUAUCGCUUGGCGGGCGAAAUUGGGAGUUGGUGGUGAUCCUACCAUGGAGAUGAGAAGAGUUUUCUCUACUAUACUGAGCGUAGAGUCCCCUCGGAUAUAGUCAUUAUGUUUAAUACAAGAAAAGAUGUUUUGUUUUUGGGUGCCGAAGAACCCGCCUUCCCUCCAUGGUGAUGGUUGCGAGAAGCUACGGACUAGUAUUAGCCACAGUAAGGCUUCUUCCAUUUAGCUAUCUCCACAGUACUUGUUAACCAAGUUGCUGUGUUAUAUUUCCACUUUUCCAGUGAACUUCGAGUAAGCAAAUGUCAGAUAUAUUUUGUGGUACGUGCUAUCUCUGCAUAUGUGAGACUUCAUCUUCAGGAAUGAAUAAUUUGAUGCGAACGUACAAACUCCAUGAUGCUGCUAAAUGCUAAUUGGCUUAGUGCAGGAGGAAAACCUAUUCCAUUCUAUUUAAGGUGAACAGAAUGCUGGUGCUGUUCUGUCUGCCAAGGUUGAUUGUCCAGCUAAGUAGUUCAAUUUCUUUGGUUGCUUGAUUGCCAUGGUUCAACUUUUCAGGUUCAUACAUGGCUAGGUAGGUUGUUCAAAUUCUUUGGUUGCUCGGUCUGGUUCACCAUGCCCGCCGGUGUAUACAAAACAAUAUUAAGACUUAAUCUCACAAAGAGGGUUGCUUUAUUAUUUACGCAUCUUGAAUGUGUUUUAGGCAUCUUUAUCUUCAAUAAAAACUUAUCCUACCAGCCAUGUAUGCCUGUGUAAAUUGUUUGGGAUUUUGGCGUUAAUUAUUUCUUGCCAAAAAUAUGAAGGUUCAAGCUUUACAAAUAGAACAGCAAGGAGAAAGCAUGGAUGUAUGUGAGUAAUUCUGAGUGAUUAUGCUGUCAAGCGUGGAAUGAGACCUAGUUGAAACUAAACAAUUUGAGAGUUUUCAAUUCUUUUA